UAAAAGCAGGCAGAGUCUGCAGUCAGACACUCAGAGGGACUUGACUCUCCUUUUGAAGCCUGCUCAUCUUCAGUUUUCUUCUGCUCAAGAGCUGACAACCUUUACCGCUGCAAACAUGAUGAAGAAGGCAUACUCAGUCACAGGCUCUAGUGGCAGCACCAGGAGGUCCUUUACAGGACCAUCCAGCAGCUACUCCGUAAAAAGAACCAGCUAUAGUAGUGGUAUUGGUGGUUCUGGUUCUAGUUAUGGUUAUGGUAUGUCUAUGAUGGGUAACAGUGCUAGUGGAUCUGCUUUUGGUCUUAGUUCUGGCCAAGUAUCAGGCGGUUACAUCCCGGCACAGAUCACAUCUGUCCAAGUCAACCGGAGCCUGCUGGCCCCGCUGAACCUGGAGAUUGACCCCACCAUCCAGGCUGUCCGCACCCAGGAGAAGGAGCAGAUCAAGUCCCUCAACAACCGCUUUGCCUCCUUCAUCGACAAGGUCCGUUUCCUUGAGCAGCAGAACAAGAUGCUGGAGACCAAAUGGAGCCUCCUGCAGGACCAGACCACCACCCGCUCCAACAUCGAAGGCAUGUUCGAGGCCUACAUCGCUAACCUGCGCAGACAGCUUGAUGGGCUGGGCAAUGAGAAGAUCAAGCUGGACGGAGAGCUGAAGAACAUGCAGGGCCUGGUUGAAGACUUCAAGAGGAAGUAUGAGGAUGAAAUCAACAAACGUGCAGCUGCAGAGAACGAAUUUGUGCUUCUGAAGAAGGAUGUCGAUGCUGCCUACAUGAACAAGGUGGAGCUGGAGGCCAGGGUUGAUGCUCUUCAGGAUGAGAUCAACUUCCUCAGGGCCGUCUAUGAGGCUGAGCUUCGUGAGCUGCAGAGCCAGAUUAAGGACACCUCCGUCGUCGUGGAGAUGGACAACAGCCGUAACCUCGACAUGGAUGCCAUUGUGGCUGAAGUGCGUGCCCAGUAUGAAGACAUCGCUAACCGCAGCAAGGCUGAAGCAGAGACCUGGUACAAGCAGAAGUAUGAGGAGAUGCAGACCUCUGCCGGACAGUAUGGUGAUGACCUGCGCACAACCAAGGCUGAGAUUGCUGAGCUGAACCGCAUGAUUGCCCGUCUUCAGAAUGAGAUCGAAGCUGUCAAGGGACAGAGGACAAACCUUGAGGCUCAGAUCGCAGAGGCUGAGGAGCGUGGUGAGCUGGCAGUGAAGGAUGCCAAGCUCCGCAUCAAGGAUCUGGAGGAUGCUCUGCAAAGAGCCAAACAGGACAUGGCCCGCCAGGUGCGCGAAUACCAGGAGCUGAUGAACGUCAAACUUGCCCUGGACAUCGAAAUCGCCACCUACAGGAAACUCCUGGAAGGAGAGGAGACCAGACUGGCAACCGGAGGCUCCAGCGCAACCAUCCAUGUGCAGCAGUCCUCUGGAGGAUUCUCCAGCUCCAGCUCCAGCGGUGGAUUUGGCUUUGGUGGCGGCAGCUCAGCUGGUGGUUAUGGCGGUACUCUCACAAAGUCCACAGUCACAACAAGCAGUAGCAGGAGAGUCUAUUAAAAAGGAGAGCCGUCCCUCUUCCCUUUCAGAAACUUUUGAAAGUCAUGUAAAUCGGUGCCCUUUCAAGGGCCUAUGCAAUACUCUCAUGUUCAGCAAGCAAGCUGAAAUAUCCCAAAAAUCAGUAAUUCCUAAAAUGUCAGACCAAAAAAAAAUCAUUGGAUUGUGUUACACUGCCAACAUUUGUGAUUCAAGAAUCACUGCCUUCUUUUCUUACUCUGCAUGAUUUAACAAGAGUUUCUGAGGUAAAUAUGGCCUUAAACAGACAAGGGUCAGGUCAGUUAGCAAGGCAAAAUUUGUUUUCUUUCUGCAUCUAGUCCAAGAAACAAAGGAAAGGCAAAAAACAAGGGUUUUCAUGGAGUGUUAAAACUAAGCAAGGAAAGUAUUUGAAAAUCUGUACUCUAUCUUGUCAACUAGAUCAUUUUUAUACUGUAGUGCACUGAUAAGCUGCUCUGAAAUAAGAUCCUGGAGCGAUGAUAGGCACAAUGAUAAUACUUUUUUGUUCUUGUUCUCAGUUGAUGAUUCCUACAUUUGAGUUCUGUUAUUAGAAAACAGAGCAAGUAACUGACCAAAUCUGAUCACUAGAGAACAAAGGAAUUAGAAAUUUGUGUGACGUUACAUGUGUACAGCUAAACUUUGAACUGAUUGGUUACUGGCUUGUUCCUUUUUACUGUUCUGUCAAAUGUUUCCCUGCUUAGUUUUGCCUUUCCUUGCCUUCCACCUAAAACUAUGUUGAAACCAGAUUUAUUUUGUAAAAGCCUUCUCAGCAACAUGACUGCUGACUGUUGCAGCAUAUCAAAUCAAUCUGAAUA